AUGUCGCUCGUCACACUUAAACGAAAGGAUGGAGGAGCGCUUAGCUACUCCGCUCUCAGCACGCACAGAGCAGGUCUCUUUAACCUGUUUCGGGACUUCAGCAAGACAUUGGAAACGGAGUUAACUACCUAUAUCAAGGGUCUUAAGCGCAAGUUGGCCAAGGAUGCGUCCAAUGGCGUCAGUGAGAUCAAGACUGGCAAAGAUUCGCUGAUGCUCGAUUUGUACCGGUUUAUGCAGUAA